AUGCCAACACGUGACGCUUUGUGUCGUGAAAGUUUGGAGGAAGAAAUCCGGAAACAUACUGGUUCCAUGACGACAACUUCAAAUAUCUUAUCAGAUAUUGAAGCAGCAGAAAUAGCAACAACGCCGACGACAAUAAACAAAUCUUUUGAUGGAUAUGCGGGAAAUCCAGGGCCAUCAGAAAUUGUCUCUGCCAUCAUAGAGCCAACAAAUUCGAAUGAAAUACAAAAUUAUGCAAUAAACGAUGGAAACGAAUCGAUUUCAAAAGUGCCUUCAGGGACGCAUAAUUCAUUAAAAAACAAUAAUGAUUUGUCAGAAACAAACAGUACUCGAUCACUUCGACAACUUCAGGAAAUGGCAUUGUCAAUAUUUGCACAUAUAAAUUGGAUUCCUGAAAAGUAUGAAAUAAUUGAAGUGGAAUUAUGCCGUGAUCCAAUUGUUGGACUUGGAAUUACAAUUGCUGGUUAUGUUCAUAAAAAAGAAGAGAUAAGCGGUGUUUUUGUCAAAUCAUUGGUGCCUAAUUCAAGUGCUUUUCAUUCCAGAAAGAUACAAUUAAAUGAUCUCAUUUUUGAGGUAAAUGGUAAAUCUUUGGAAGGUUUAAAUCAUAGUGAAUCAAUAAGAACACUGGUAAAUAGUGGAUCAAGAGUGAAGAUAAAAUUAAUUCGUUUUCUACCUGGUUCACCUCAAGCUGAAUGUCUUACAAUGCUUCAAAGACAGGAAGCAAUAACGCAAGUGAUAGACGUACAAAGUACGUUACGUGACGUGGUGGCAGACUGGAAACAACGACUUGGUUGUGAGUUUGAAGUGAUCAGUGUUGAUUUAAUCCCAGAUAAAUGUGAAGAUGGUGGCUUAGGUAUUUCGCUAGAAGGUACCGUGGACAUUUUAAAUGGUGCCCAGCUUUGUCCACAUCAUUACAUUGAUUCACUUAGGCCUGGUGGACCAGCUGCUUUCUCGAAUGUUCUUCGUUCAGGUGAUGAAUUAUUACAGGCUAAUGAUGUAGUACUAUAUGGUGAAUCACAUGUCACUGUUACACAAGCCUUAAUUAAGGCUGCAACCACCUCACAACGUGUUAGGCUUACAGUAGCACGAAAAAUUCAAACUGUAAAUGUAUUCAUGCCAAGACCUGAAGAAAGCCUUCCAAUUGCUUAUCCUUUAUUAGCUACAACAGAUGAUCGUCUUGUUAAGGCUAAAUCAGAAAGUUGCAUAACGAAAACAUUAGAUUCAACAAGAGCUGUAUUAGAACAGGUAUCACGGCGCUUACGUUCUCGAUCAUUGCAACUGUUUAAUGGAUUGGCUAUUUGGCGUUGUGUCCCAUUGAUAGUGCAAUUGGAAAAGGAUAAUCGUGGCCUAGGAUUUUCAAUUGUUGAUUAUCAAGAUCCAUUACAUCCAGGACAAUCUGUAAUUGUCAUACGAUCACUGGUACCAGGUGGCCUAGCACAAGCAGAUGGCCGUAUAAUACCUGGUGAUAGGCUAAUGUUUGUAAAUGACGAAGAUCUGUCGAAUAGUACAUUGGAACACGCUGUUGCUGUAUUGAAGUCAGCACCUGAUGGCUUAGUUCGGUUAGGUAUUGCUAAGCCAAUACCAAUUGAAGAAUUUGGUAAUGGAGCAAAUGGUCAUUCACCACUUAUUUCACGCAGCGAACGUGUACUUGCAAAAGGAAGCUCGCCACGAUCACGUCGACGUCAUCGUAAACAAGUAGUUUCGUAUACAUCAAGUCAGGAAACAGUUUGGCUUGGUGCAACCGAAUAUCGUCGACAAUAUCAUUUGCAGAAUUAUAAUCAAUCUUCCGGUUCACUUACACCGUCAACACCUCGUGCCUGUAAUAUAUCAUUAAACGAAAGUCAUUUAUCGAUGACCAGUUGGUCACCUUGCUCAACUCGUUCAAUAUCACCUUGUGGCUCACCGCUUCAUCUACGUGGUUCAUGGGCGUAUGAUAUCGUCUACUUACCACCAAGUUUGGAACGAUCAAUUAAAAUUCAGAAAGGAGCACUUUCACUUGGUAUUACAUUAAAUGCAGAAAUUGACAAAGGUAUCAAUGGUUGUCAGGUAAAAAGUAUUUGUAGCAAAAAAGCUAUUGGACGAGAUGGAAGAGUUCAGGUAAAUGAUUACAUUGUAAAAGUAAAUAUGGAAAGUUUGAGAAAUGUUACGAAUUCGCAAGCACGAGCUAUUUUAAAACGAACUAAUCUAAUUGGUACACAGUGCAAUAUAACUUAUAUUACUGCUUCCGAUGCAAAAAUUUGGAAAGAAAAGUAUCAUCAUGAAAUGGAUUAUCAAUUACCUAUUGUUAAUCGACUUUCACCAAAAAUUUUUCCAAAAUUCUAUCGUUGUUCAUAUUAUGAUGAGAAAGCGAUGAUGACAGAUAUGGAACAACAACAACAACAACAACAACAACAACAACAGCAACAACAAGAUGAUGAUUCAUUUGAUAAUGAUAUGCUUAUUUCCGCAUCAUCUGAUGUGUCAUCAAUGAUGAAAAAAGGAUUAAAUGAUAAUAUUGUAAAUGGUGGAAAAUUGAUUGAAAUUUUUGUUUACAAUCUUGUGGAGGUAAUAUUUUAA